AUGGGAAUCGGCGACCUCUGCUCGUGGACCAGUGUCGUCGUAUUUCUCACCGCGAUCUCAAUGGUAUCGUCAUCCGGCUUCUUCGAGCUGCAAAUACUGGAGAUUUCAAACACCAACAGCCAUCUACUGUCAGGAUACUGCUGCGGUUUGCCACCGGAGAAGCGGCAGACGCAAACGACAGGAUGUCCGGCAUGUGCAACGGCGUUCAGUUUGUGCCUCAAGGAGUACCAGGGCACCACGUCCAGUGUCCAACAGCAGCAGCAGCAACUCAAGCAGCCGUCCGCAGCCAUCGAACCGCAGGCGUCUGGCCUGUACGGGUGCGCGUUCGGUAACGCCAGCACGCCCGUCCUGGGCGGGUCCAGCUUCGUCCUGACCGACCCGGAAGUCGGUGGCAUCACAUUACCCUUCACCUUUCGCUGGACGAAAUCGUUCACGCUUAUCCUGCAAGCUUUAGACAUGUACAACGAGUCCUACUCAAUUUCCGAGCGACUUAUUGAUGAGACAUCAUAUUCCGGCGUCGUACUGCCGUCGCACGAUUGGCAUACAUUAGACCACAUAGGGAAGAGUGCGCGGAUAACGUACCGGGUACGGGUGCAGUGUGCAGACAACUACUACAACACGACCUGUACGACGUUCUGCCGGCCCCGGAACGACCAGUUCGGUCACUACACCUGCGGUAAGGAGGGCAAUAAAGUGUGCCUUCCCGGAUGGCAGGGUGCAAACUGCGAGAAAGCGAUCUGCAAGCCAGGAUGUGACCAAAUACACGGCAAAUGUGAUCAGCCGGGAGAGUGCGAAUGCCGCCCCGGAUGGCGUGGUCCGCUGUGCAACGAGUGCAUGGUGUACCCGGGCUGCCGACACGGCUACUGCAACGGAAGUGCAUGGCAGUGCAUCUGUGAUACCAACUGGGGUGGAAUCCUCUGCGAUCAAGAUCUCAACUACUGUGGCACGCACGAACCGUGCAUGCACGGCGGAACGUGUGAAAAUACGGCCCCGGACCAGUACCGGUGCACGUGCGCGGAAGGGCUGUCGGGGAAGCGGUGCGAGAUCGUCGAGCAUCCCUGUGCGCCGCAGCCGUGCAAAAAUGGCGGAACCUGCGCCCUCACCGGAAGCGAAAAGUCACCCAGCGUUCCCAGCUCGACCGUGGCCUCGAUCGUCGUUCGCGGGAUGCGCGGCAUGAGCUCGAUGGGAAAACCUUUCGGGCGGGGUGGUGGUGGUGCACCGGGCGCUGGUGGUGGACCAUCGGGAUCCGCCAGCUCCGGCGAUGACUCCAAGGAGCAGUCGGGGAAAAGCGGCGGCUCAUCGACGAGCUCGUCGGCUUCCGGGUCCUCCAACGGUCCGCAGCCGAUGAAAGAUUUCGUCUGUACGUGCGCUCCCGGAUGGACCGGACCGACCUGCGAGAUAAACAUCGAUGAAUGUGCGGAUGCACCGUGCCAAAACGGUGGCACUUGUAUCGAUCUGAUUGGCAAGUUUCGCUGCGAAUGCCCACCGCAGUGGACGGGAGACACCUGUCAAAACGACGUCGACGAGUGCGACACGAACGUCGCGUCCGGGCUCGGGCCGUGCAUUAAUGCCGAAUCAUGCCGCAACCUGCCCGGAUCGUUCCAGUGCACCUGCCAGGACGGCUGGGGUGGACCGACGUGCGCGACGAAUCUGAACGACUGCAUCGACAAGUGCCAGAAUGGCGCCACCUGCAUCGACCUGGUCAACAACUAUUACUGCAACUGCGCCGUCGGAUACACCGGCCGUAACUGCGGAACCGAUAUCAACGAGUGUGCCAACUAUCCCUGCCGCAACGGUGGCGAAUGCGUCGAUCAAAUCGGCAACUUCAAGUGCAUCUGCCCGCUCGGCUUUUCCGGAACGCUAUGCGAGGAAGCCAAAGAUCACUGCGUCUCAAAGCCGUGCACCGAAGGCCAGUGUCUCAACACCCCAGGCGGCUACUACUGCCACUGUCCGCCGGGCCGGGCUGGCCGCCAUUGCGAGUUUCCCCGGGCCCCGUGCGAUAAGGGUGGCCCCUGCGCCAAUGAAGCAGGAUGUCUGAUGCCAUCGACCAACAACGACACGAUGGUGACGCUCCCGUUUGAGCCGGUUCCCUGCAGUGGGCGCGGAAAAUGCGAACCCGGUCCGAUGGGAACUAGCUGCGUUUGCCAGAGCGGAUUUACAGGCCCUUUCUGCCAGCACAAUGUGAACGAAUGCACCUCGAAUCCUUGCCAGAACAGUGGCAUCUGCGUGGACGGCGAGGGCGACUACUCGUGCGAAUGCCAGCCGGGCUGGGCGGGGAAAACGUGCACGGAGCGGGCGGUGCAGUGUUCGCCCGGUCAGUGCCUCAACGGGGGCUCCUGCAUACCGUCGCAGUUCGGCGGUGCCCCGCACUGCCGCUGCGCCCUCGGUUGGGGCGGGGCGUUCUGCAGCGAACCGCUCGACCAGUGCCAGGGCCAGCCGUGCCACAACGGCGGCAGCUGUGAGUCGGGCCCGGGCUGGUUCCGGUGUGUGUGCGCGAAGGGAUUCUCCGGCCCGGACUGCCGGAUCAAUGUGAACGAGUGUUCGCCGCAGCCGUGCCUGGGUGGGGCCACCUGCAAGGACGGCAUCGGAGGGUUUACCUGCAUUUGUCCCGUCGGUCGGCGGGGUGUGCGGUGUGAGAUCCUUCUCUCCGAUCCAUCGUCCGUGUGCUCCAACUCAACCACCAACUCGCCGUACGAUCCGUUAAUCACGAGCGACACAUCUUCCGGCGUGGGAAAACCGGCCGGUGGCGGCAGCAGUAGUAGCAGCAGCGGUCGUCCUGGUGCCACCGGAAGUACCAGUUCAUCCCCGGUGAAUAUGCCGGACGAAAGUAGCUGCAACUCGUGCAUCUGCGUGAACGGCAAGCCCCGCUGCUCGAACCUCUGGUGCGGUCUGAGCAAUUGUCUCGGCCGAAACCAGUCCAGUGGGGCGCCAGCCUGCGAAAGCCAUCAGGUGUGCGUGCCGACGUCGCAGGAGUCCUGCCUUACGCCUCCUUGCCGCCCCCGGGGCGACUGCCGGACGUUCGAGCCAUCGCGGCGUGUCGCGCCACCGAAAAUCCCGGCUCCGACCGACUGUUGGCCCAAUCAGGCAACACUCGGUACAGUCUGCUCCCGUGUAUCGAUCCUGCUCGAGCUGAACCGCCUGGUUAGGGGCACCUCCGUCGAUGGUCUCUGCCAUCUGCUGCGGCUUCAGCUUGGCGAAAAGCUCGUCAAAAGCCCAUCCUUCGACGUGUCGGUGUUCAUUGUGGUAUUAUGUGAUCUCAAAACUGGAACGAACGACACGAUUGAAGUGACACUGUCAACACCAACCGAUCCCGUCGGAGGGGCGGCCAGCCUAUCGGAAGCGGUGCGACUACUGGCGGAAAUUCUCUCCCGCCAGCAGGGCGUCCAGAAUGACUCAUUUCAGGCGGACCUCGUCGAGGCCGCCCCGCUUACCUCCAUUCUCGAGGUGAAGGUCGAAACGGCGCUAGUGAACGAGGGCUCAAACGGUUCCAACUACCUGAUAGCGGUCGGGUUUGGCAUCGCAAUCGUGGCCCUCUGCCUCGGGGCUUUUGUGGCGCUGCUCUGGCGCCAGAAGGUGCACUCACAUAACGGCUCCGGUACGAACCUGUCGCCCCACCUGGAUCUGUCGCGCGGCAUGGACGAGGAAAAGUCCAACAAUCUACAGAACGAGGAAAACUUUCGCCGCUACGCCAACCCGCUGAAAGCUAGCUCAAGCUCGCUGCGGGGCGCCAUGGAGCUCAGCCUCAACCCGGCACCGGAAAUGAAUCAGAUCGCCGGUCCGAGCACGGUGCACCGGUCGCAACAGCUCUAUCCACCCUGCACGCCCGACGGGGCCGAGUUCGAGAAGGAUCCGGACAAGCAGAAAGCGGCCAACCGAAACUCGCACAUACUGCUGCACAAAACGCAGAACGCCGACAUCAUGACGAAGAACAGUGUCGGUGCGAUGGACUGCCAGCACAAGGACUUUGGCAAGCGGUCGAUCAACGAUCACACGGCAUCGGAGACGAGCGGGACUACGGUUCCGUCGGCUACCGGGGCCAGCGGGAGCACGAGAGCGAUCGCGACGGUCGUGGAUGCUCCCUCGAUGCUUCCGAGCAGUAUGCCCCUGGCGCCCGAAUCGGAUGUCCUGACGGUGCACGUGUAG